AUGGAGGAUUUGUCUUAUGAAAAUCAGCAAAUAAAUGUUUAUGAGAAACAUAGUGAAGGAAAUGUAUUCAAAAGUAAGGAUGAAUUGCUUAACUGGGCAUCAUUUGAGAAAAUACACAGUCUGCUUGAGUUACAACACACUGAUAUCAAGGCUUCAUUUGAGAAAAGUCUAACUGUUGUGCAACAUCAAUUUAAACCUUCUCAGUUUAUGGAGCUACUGGGUAAUGUGUCUAUCUCUGCAGUAGAGUAUUUGCUUGUAGAGAGUAAGAGAGCCAAUUCCAUUGGUAUUGAUGUUGAAGCUUGUGGAUGCGUCCUUCGCCACACUCAUGGUUUACCUUGUGUCCAUGAGAUUGCUGACUACAUCGGACAAGAUCGUCCUAUACCACUUGCUACCAUACACUCACAGUGGAGGCAACUUCAUAUCUCCAUAUGCAAGAAACGAGGAAACGGAGCUUCUACUCUGGAAACCAAUAAGAAGCGACCUGUUAAGGGAAAGGAGAAGGUGAAUGUGAAAGGGAAGGUAUACAUUACUAGAGCAGUGAAACCUGGUGCAUAUGUUGAUGCUUUCCCUUCUGGGUUGAAACCAUACAUUAAGUUUGUCAAGGAUGUAGCUGCAUAUGGGAAUUGUGGUUUCAGGGCUAUAACUGCUUCAAUUGGUCAUUCAGAAAAUGAUUGGGCUCAGGUUAGGCAUGAUCUGUUAGGUGAGCUGCAUGCACACAAAGAGGAAUACAUUACACUUUAUGGGUCCUACGAAAGGUUUGAAGAAUUGACAAGCAUAUUGUCAUACUUUGAAGACAGUCCUGGAUACUCACAUUGGAUGACUAUGCUAGACAUGGGGCAUCUUGUUGCAUCGUGCUACAAUCUUGUGUUAUACCACUUGUCAUUACAACAAUGUCUCACUUUUUUACCUCUUAGAACAGUGCCAGUACCUCAACUUGAUAGACGUGAGAUUGCCAUUGGGUUUGUCAACGGAAAUCAUUUCGUCCAGGUUUUGUUGCAGCCAGGCCAUCUAGUUCCUUCUAUAGCCACUAAUUGGAGAAAAUACCAUCACCCUUGCGCUGUCGACUGGGAUGAUACAUAUAUGCGCCGAAUUCAACAUUUUAAGGACAUUAUUCAUGAUACUGUAGCUGCUUGA